CCCACGAAUUAUCAAUUGUACCAUUCAGCACAAGCGUAGAAGUAUCAGCGUUGUUAAGAGAGAUCCAUGAGAGUUUGUUGAAUAUUGUGUGGAAUUCUGUAGUGUUUUUUGGGGAGCAGAAGUUGAGGACGAGAUGGCCAUCGGCAUGAGCGCUGCAACUAUGAUGGUGACUCCUUCCACCAAGCUGUCCUUCGGCAGCUCCGUCGCCUUCAACAGCAACGGGUCCUUGAGGAUAAACAUGAUACCGUCCAGGCAGUCUGCCCGGCCACUCACCAUCCGCGCAGCUGGAGAACCCAGCACUGGGAAGGACGAGAGGAAUUUAGGUGACAAGUUUAACGACGCCGUGAUCGACAUCUCCAACAAGGUCCAGGACGCGAUGCCCGCCGGCACCCAGCCAGGAGGUGUUGGAAGGAAGCCCGGAGAUGAGUGGACUCAGUACAGUUCCACCGGCGAGCUCAACCAGUCCAAGAAGGAGGCAGCUGAGAGGGACAACCCCGACAAUCUGCCUGUCAUGGAAAAGCUGCAAGACGCCGGAAGGACUUUGAAGAGCAAGACGAACGAUGUGGUGCAGUACGGCAAGAAGCGCAACCCCAACACCACGGAAGACAAUGCCACGGAGAAGAACAUCCAGGCUCAGUCGGAUUACACCAAGAACCUGUAAAUUGGAACGAGUUAGGGUGUAAGGAGUGUAUAGUAUUCUCGAAAUCCUAGUGUGGAUUGCUAUCUUGUUCUAAUCCCCACCUAAUCUGUUCUCGGAAGAGGUGUAUGCUUUGAGAUUUGUCGAUGUCCCUGUCUGUGCGAAAGCUACGACUCGGAAGUUUAUGAAAUACAAAUUAGAUUUCGACAGUCAUGUUGUUAGAAAUAUUGUCGCGGACAUAGAGUGAUGGAAUUUGUAUAUUCAGAAUUAGAAUUAGAUUUUGUAUAACCGGAUUUUAUUCCUUCGGCUUUAUGAAGGAGUCAUAACUACUGUAUUUUGGGAAAAAUUAGGGCAUGCUAGCUGCCAUGUUUAGCUUCCAAGCAUGCCUACAUCCUAAAAGCUUUUACAAGUUGUUUUCACAACUACGAUUUGAGUCUAAAUCACACCUUUGAAUA